AAAAUUAUGAAUUUAUUUUCUAUGAGAGAUGUAAGGGCUAUUCAUAGCAUCCCCUUAGUGUUCAUGAGCAGGAGGAUUCUAUGAGAGAUGUAAGGGCUGGUGGCUGUUUGUUUUGUAAUUUGGAUGAAUGUGUUGACCAUGUGUUGGGGCAAUGUCCAAGGGCCUCGGAGGUUUGGAGGUGUGGGGGCUUUUCUCUUACUAACCCAACUACUUUUCUAGAUAUUUUUCAUACAGGUGUCCAAUUCUCAAGGACGUGAUAAGGCGGCUUGCAUGGCUACACACGCAUGGAAGCUUUGGUGUGCUCGAAUCGAUGCGCUAUGGAAUAAUAAUUUCAUGUCCCCUGCACAAAUCAAUGUGGCUGCUUCGUCAUACUUGGCUGAGUUCAAAACAGCGUCAACUGCCAGCUCUGAUGCCCAUCAUUCAGUUCAUUCCUGUCCUUGUCCUACAGCAGGGUCGACUUUACAUGUGUCGGAUCAUGCUUCUUGGCUGGCUUUUGUUGAUGUAGCAGUAUUUUCCUCAUCCGAUUUUGAUGGUUAUGGCGUGCUCUUUGAGGAUAGUGAAGGCAAUUACAACAAGGCUGUGUCGGAUUUCCAAGAAGGUGGUGGCAACUCAUCCAUUGCUGAAGCUCUUGCCCUCAGACUGUGGGACCAUCUUAGCACAGAGUUCUGACAUUAAAGUUAAGUGGAUAAAACCGACAGAGGAAUUUGGGACUAAUUUACUAGCUAGAGCUUCUAUUCGUUUUGUUCGUAUUUGAGAGUCUGUUCUCAAUUUAUUAUUGGCCUAUUAUUCUCGAAGAUAAUACAACUUAGUAUUUUCCUUUUUAAAAAAA